AUGACUGAAGCUACCAGUGUUUACCCCUCGUUGGAGGACCGUCCCAUCAAGAACACGGUUGUUCUGUUCGAUGUUGACGAGACUCUGACCCCCGCGAGACGGCAUGCCUCGAACGAGAUGCUCGAGUUGCUCUCACGAUUGCGCCACAAGUGCGCCAUUGGAUUCGUUGGCGGCUCGAACCUCGUGAAGCAGCAAGAGCAACUUGGAUCACCCGCUAUCGACGUCACCACUAUGUUCGAUUUCUGUUUCUCCGAAAAUGGUCUGACCGCAUUCCGCCUCGGCAAGCCGCUUGCCAGCAACAACUUCAUUCAGUGGCUCGGGGAGGACAAGUACCAAGCGCUGGUGGAUUUCGUUCUCAAGUACAUUGCCAACACCAAGUUGCCCCGCAAGCGCGGUACUUUUAUUGAGUUCCGCAAUGGCAUGGUCAACAUUAGCCCCGUUGGACGUAAUGCUAGCAUUGAAGAGCGUGAUGAGUUCGAAGCUUUCGACAAGAUCCACAACAUCAGAAAGACCCUGGUGGAGCUCUUGAAGAAGGAGUUCCCCGACUACGGCCUCACCUACUCUAUCGGCGGUCAGAUCUCUUUUGAUGUCUUCCCCACCGGCUGGGACAAGACUUACUGCCUACAGCACAUCGAAGCUGAAAAGGGCAUCUCUGGUAUUGAUUACAAGACCAUCCACUUCUUCGGCGACAAGACUUUCGUCGGAGGAAACGAUUACGAAAUCUACGAAGACCCUCGCACCAUUGGACACUCCGUUGAUGGUCCUCAAGACACCAUCAACCAGCUGAAGAAGCUGUUUGAUCUAUAG